AUGGAUGUGCAUAAUGUCUUUCUCCACGGUGAUCUAGAUGAAGAAAUCUACAUGGAUAUUCCUCAAGGAUUACACAGACAGGGGGAAACUCGGGUAUGUCGUCUUUGCAAAUCCUUAUAUGGAUUGAAACAAGCAUCUAGACAAUGGUAUGCCAAGUUCACUGCUGCACUAACCAAUGUAGGUUUUGAGCAUUCUAAGUAUGAUUAUGCCUUGUUUACACGUACAACAAAAGACUCAUCAAUUUAUUUGUUGAUAUACGUCGAUGACAUACUUGUCAUGGGAAAUAAUGAUUCUGAUGUUGCCAAGUUCAAGAGGUAUUUGCACUCCACUUUUCACAUCAAAGAUUUGGGACCACCAAAAUAUUUUCUCGGCAUCGAGAUUGCUCGAUCCAAUGAAGGAAUUUGCCUCAAUCAAAGGAAGUUCAUCUUGGAGAUUGUUUCUGAAGCGGGUUUAUCGGGAUGUAAACCAACAGUCAUCCUAGUCGAGCAGAAUGUCAAGUUGACGACGCAUGAAUAUGACAUUAGUUCCCCUUCAACCAUUAAGGACUCAGUGCUUAAAGAUCCUUCUGAAUAUCAGCGACUUGUCGGAAAGUUAAUAUAUCUUACAACGACAAGACCUGACAUAUCGUAUGCCGUACAAAUACUCAGUCAGUUCAUGCAUAUGCCAAAGCAAUCACAUAUGGAUGCGGCGUUGAAGGUUGUGAAGUAUUUGAAAGGAUGUCCAGGCCUUGGUAUACUUCUAUCUCGUGAUUGCAAUAUGAAGAUGACAGUUUUUUGUGACACAGAUUAUGUCACUUGUCCAAUGACCAAAAGAUCUAUUACUGGUUUUUGCAUAAAGCUAGGAAAGUCAUUGAUUUCUUGGAAGACAAAGAAGCAGUCAACUAUCUCACUAUCAUCUGCAGAAUCGAAGUAUCGGGCUAUGGCAAAGGUUACCUGUGAAAUAGUCUGGAUACGAUGA